CCCGGCGGGUCAGAGCGGGGAAGUCGCCGCCCGAAGAUGGCCGCCGCGGCGGGGGACGUGUGCGGCGCCGUGCCGGGGGGCCGCGCUGGGGCCGGGGCUGCGGCGGAGGCGCGGUUCAUUAGCAGCGCCAAGGGGAAAGGUUUGUUCGCCACCAAGAACAUCCGCAAAGGUGAAACCGUCUUCGUGGAGAGGCCGGUGGUGUCGUCCCAGUUCCUCUGGAACGCCUUGUACAACUACCGAGCUUGCGAUCACUGUCUGCGGGCUUUGGAGACGGCGGAGGAGAACGCCCAGCGGCUGCUGGGGAAGAGCUCGCUGGUGCUGCCUUACCCGGAGCAGUGCAGCAUCCGGAAAGACCUGCACCAACAGUGUCCCCGGUGCCAGGUGACGUACUGCAGCGCUGAAUGCAGGCAGGCCGCUUUGGAGCAGUACCACCGGGUCCUCUGCCUUGGCCCAUCCCGUGAUGACCCCACGCACCCCCUCAACAAGCUGCAGGAGGCAUGGAGAAACAUGCAUUAUCCACCAGAGACUUCCAGCAUCAUGUUGAUGGCCCGGAUGGUCGCCACCGUCAAACAGGCUAAAGACAAGGAGUGGUGGAUCAAGGCCUUCUCCCAGUUCUGCAGUAAGACAGCAAACGAAGAAGAGGAGAUUGUGCACAAGCUGCUAGGGGACAAAUUUAAGGGCCAGCUGGAGCUGCUGCGGUUGCUCUUCACCGAAGCCCUUUACGACGAACAUCUCAGCAGGUGGUUCACUCCAGAAGGCUUUCGAUCUCUCUUUGCCCUCGUUGGGACCAAUGGCCAAGGCAUAGGAACCAGCUCUCUGAGCCAGUGGGUGCACGCUUGCGAUGCGCUGGACCUCCCCAUGCUGCAGCGAGAGGAGCUGGAUGCCUUCAUUGACCAGCUCUACAAGGACAUCGAGAAGGAGUCGGGAGAGUUCCUCAACUGCGAGGGAUCAGGUCUCUAUGUGCUCCAGAGCUGCUGUAACCACAGCUGCAUCCCCAAUGCCGAAACAUCCUUCCCAGAAAACAACUUCCUCCUGCAUCUGACGGCUCUGGAGGACAUCGAAGCAGGAGAGGAAAUCUGCAUCAGUUAUUUAGACUGCUGUCAGAGGGAGCGGAGCAGACACAGCCGCAACAAGAUACUCAGGGAGAACUAUUUGUUUACCUGCUCGUGUCCCAAGUGCCUAGCGCAAGCCGACGAUGCCGACGUGACUUCGGACGAAGAAGAGGAGGGUGAAGGGGAGACGGAUGAUGCUGAGCUGGAGGAUGAGAUGACUGAUGUUUGAUCCCGGCCCCGGGACGAGAGGAGAGGAAAGGGAUGGGGGGGAUCCUCCGAGAAGCAGCAGCUUUAAAACUAGAAACAGGGUUGUGUUGUGGGGUCGGGUGGGAGGCCGUGCGCCAGCGGCGGGUGCGGAGGUGUGACGGAGCAGGGCAGUGGGGGAGCCGGAGGCAGGCCCUGCUCCCACCUGUCCAUGUUGUGUGCUGUGCGUGUGUGUGUGCGUGUGUCAGGCCGUCCCCAUCCUCCCUGCGAGGACAGGCUGUGAGCCCGCGGCCCCCUGCCACGUCCCAGUCCCUGGAGGGGUCGGCUGGUGCUUGCAGGGGAGGCUGGAGGAGAGCAGGGUCCAGCCAGCCCCUGGGGACAUCACGAUGCUCACCUUGUGGCCACCCGCGAGGCUGCUCCGCCAUGUCUGCGCCGGCCGCGGGUGUGGAGGAGCACGUCCUUUCCUUCCCCGCAGGGACGAGGGGAACGUGUGUGCGUGAGCGUGUGUACGUGUGUUUGUGCACGAGGGGUACUAUUUAAUGUCUAUAUUAGCACUAUCUACACACCAGGGAGCUGGGGCCCUUAUAUAUACUCCAUUCCACGCCUUGGCUCGGUGAGCAGCAAGGGGCAAAGUGAUUUUGUGGGUGGGACAGACACACCUUAUGGGUGUCUCAGAUGCCCGAGUCCAGUGGGGAGAGUGAGGCUGACCCCGGCAGGUGCCUCCCUCCCGCCUUGGCCCCAUCCUUUACACGAUGCAAAGGAAUGAUGGGCCGUUCGGGGAACAGCCAGGAUCCUGCUAGCCCAGAGCCGACACAGGCUACAGUGUCACAUAAGCAACGUCACCAUCCAACACCCAAAAGAUGUUUUGGGUUCUGCAGACACCGAGCCGUCCCUCCGGGCUGUCUCCCUGCAGGCUGUUUCAGGAGCAGGAUGUGCCCCGAGCGGGAGCCGCCGUGCCCAGGGAUGCGGCGUGGUGUUGCGUGCUUCCCCGCAGCAAGUGGCCCUGUGUGGAGACGUCACCGGCAGCUGCCUGUUGUCAUCCAUCACCCACGAGGCCACACCGCUGCGUGGGGCAUCCCCGCUUAUGGAUCAUGCGGCUGCAGGGAGAAGCUCCCUCUGAGCAGCGGCCAGUCGGCAGGUUGGGGAUGCACCUGGGGUAUCUUCCUCCCCUCUUGGAUUUUGGGGAGCUGUUUUCCUGCCACCGCUUCCUUCGAGCCCCCAGCAGCUGGAUUGCGGGACUGAGAGUGACGCCGUAGGUGGGCGCCUCCGACACGACCAUCACCGCCAGCCCUGCACCUCGCUGCUUGUCCCCAGCCGUCCCGGGGCCGUGUCCCCAUCAGUGUUCGUAAUAAACCGAGACUGGUGAGAA